AUGGGUUCGCUCGGCAGCUUCCUCGUUGUAUACGUCUUCGGGGGCCUCACAUUCAUCCCGCUGGUCCUUUCACUGAUUGUCCUUUACGCCUAUUUGACCCUUCCGAACGCCCCUUCUCCCGAUCAGUCAUACGAACCAGUCACCGAUGUGCUUCGUCAGCCUACAGACGAUGAGCAUAGCUUGAAAUCUGGUACUGACCAGCUAGCCGAGAAGUUCCAUCGCUCUCAUGAUUCCGAAGUCGCUACGGGAUACUUUGCUGUCUGUCGUGAAUAUGUCCCUGGUGGAGUAAAUGGGAAGCCUCCGGAGAGGACGACGCCGGCGGGGGAGGUCGUUGCCGCCGAAAGCCCCAGUGUUUAUCAGGCUAUGUACCGGAGUUUGUUCGACAGGAAACAAGCGCCUAGUAUUGAGCCGGCGAAGUCGAAUGGGAAGAAUAUCAAACGCGCGCGGAAUGUGUUUUAUAUUGUCCUUCGACAUGGUCAUUUGAUGCUUUACGAUGACGUGAAUCAAGUCGAAGUUCGCUACGUUAUCUCCCUUGCUCAUCACGAUGUUACUAUUCACAGCGGCGAAGGGGAUAUUCCAGAGGGCGAGCUAUGGAUUAAACGGAAUGCCAUCUGUCUCUCGCGGCGACUGGAUUCGCUCGGAGACCUGGGUGGCCCGACGCCGCCUUUCUUUUUGUUUUCAGAAAACCUGUCGGAGAAGGAGGAUUUCUAUCUUGCAAUGCUUCGCAACCAGUCAAAGCUUUGGGAUUCCGCGGACAGGCCUCCAAAGCGUCAAGGGUUUGACGUGAAGAACAUUGUCUCACUGGUUCAGCGUCUGCAUUCUUCCGAGGAGCAAUUGCAGACAAGAUGGAUCAAUGCUUUCUUUGGUCGUCUGUUCCUUGCCUUGUACCGAACGCCUGAGCUGGAAGAGUUUGUGCGAAGCAAGAUUGCCAAAAAGAUUGCGCGCGUCAACAAGCCGAACUUUAUUAGCAAGGUUGGCCUGCAGAGGAUUGAUAUGGGCGAAGGUGCUCCGUUCAUCACGAACCCCCGGUUGAAGGACCUGACCGUCGACGGUAAUUGCUGUAUCGAGGCAGAUGUGCAAUACUCGGGGAAUUUCCGUGUGGAGAUUUCGGCCACGGUGCGCAUUGAUCUGGGUCAACGGUUCAAAGCGAGAGAGGUGGAUAUCGUGCUGGCUGUGGUAUUGAAGAAGCUGGAGGGUCAUCUGCUGGUCCGGUUCAAGCCUCCUCCUAGCAAUCGAUUCUGGAUGUCCUUUGAGACCAUGCCGAAGAUUGAGAUGGACGUUCAGCCCAUUGUGAGCUCCAAGCAGAUAACCUUCAGCCCCAUUCUGCGCACCAUCGAGAGUAAGAUCAGAGAAGUGGUGGCCGAAAGCAUCGUUUUGCCGUUCUGGGACGACGUCCCGUUCAUGGAUACUCAUGGCCAGGCUUUCCGCGGAGGCAUCUGGCAGCGAGAGACCCCUGAACCCGAGACCCCGUUGGAUAUACCUGAUGAAUCGGGUGAGGCUCCAGCAACGCCGAAGAGCCUUCGUGGAGAAACCUUACUCGAAGCUCUCAAGUCCAAGGAUGACCGAACAAUGAGCAUGUCUGCUCUCUAUGAGUCCAAUCCUGCCAACGCCACAAUCAAAUCUCGCAAGGGCCUGAAGCCAUCGGCCUCGGACUUACCAAACGCAUCAACCGCCGCUGCCACUAGUUUCGAGAGAUCCGAGAGCAUGCCAUUGCCCCGUGCCAUCCGAUCCCAGACUUUUUCCCACGCCGCUGACCCGGUGGUUACAACAGACAAUGCCAACCAAGUGGUGACGGAGCUUAAGGUUGACGAAAAGAACAGUGCCACCAGCGCCAUGAUUGAAAUCUCAAAGCGCUCUCCACCUGCUUCUCCGAACCGGACACCAAGCAACUCUCCGCCGAGUGGAGGCAUCAUGAUGCCUGAGAAUGCAAUCCACAGUCGUGGGUCCUCUAUUGCAGAUUCUAUCGAUGGUCUCAGCUUCCACAGCGACCAUGUCAUCCAAAGUCCAUCCUCUGCCCGUUUUGACAACAAUUCCUUGUCAGGACCGCGAAACUCUCGAGGAAGCUCUACUACCUCCCUUGGUCCCGACAAGCCCCGGCGGCGUAGCACCAUCGAGACUUUGACCAAGUCACUUACUUCGAACAUGAACUCGGACGAGAAGUCACUCGGAAACAAGACUCUCGGAUCAGCAACUGCCGCUGCGAAGAAAUGGAGUUGGAGUGUGUUUGGCAAAGGCGACAUGACUUCUGACGAGCCAUCUCGGACUCCGACGGGGGCCUUGAACGAGCCCAUUGGCCGUGGACACCCUCAUCCACCACCGGGAGCGCCUCUACCACGACCAGACAAGUACGCUCUGAAACGGAAUUCAGGAACUCUGCCCAAACGCAAAGCCGUUGGAGUGCCAUCACCUUUGCCCGAGAAGUCCAACACGAACGAAACUCGACCCGUUCCUCCUCCCCCUCUACCUCGCCGAAAAUCCAGCACAAAUGGUGCCCGGCCUGUCCCUCCUCCAGUACCACGCAGGAAACCCAUUCCCCAGCAUCUCCGCACCGAUGAUCCUGCCGGCGAUUUGCUUGUUGUCCAAGCGCCGUAUGAUUCCGCACCAGACAGUCCAGCUACUGGUGAGCUGGAACUGGACGAGGCUUCGACUGGGCCGUCUAUCCUGAAGAGCGAGACCUCUUCCAAAGCGGAUACUUCUGAAGUAGAGCAGAAAUGGGACGACGAGGAUGGACAAGAUCCCGUGGAUCACUCGUUGUCUUCUACUCCGGAAAGUAGCAAGGCAUUACCGACUAUUGAGCCAGUUCAAGUGCAGUCUUCGUGA